AUGGUACAUUUUUUAUGAUCAGGUGGUGGAAGUAUCAACCAGCUAGGAGGGAUGUUUCUCAACGGCAGACCUCUCCCAGAAUCCAAAAGGAGGAAAAUGAUUGAACUGGCCUCGGAGGGAGUCAGUCCAAGCCAGAUCUCCAGGAUACUUCGGGUGUCCAACGGGUGUGUGAGUAAGAUCCUGAGCCGUUACCGUCGAACUGGCCUCCUGGAGCCUAAAACCAUUGGAGGGAGCCGACCUCGUCUUCUAACGCCCGGUGUCAUCUCCACAAUCAUCCAGUGCAAAAGAGAAAAUCCAACUAUUUUUGCUUGGGAAAUCCGAAAGCGUCUAGCAGCAGCAAGAAUAUGCAAGGCCUCCAAAGUUCCCAGCGUGUCGUCUAUCAAUCGGAUAUUAAGAAAGAUGCACAUGGAUCACGGACCAAUGUGUAUGGAGAUCAAUGCGCACAUCAGAACUGAGCAGGAUUUUGAUCAUCUGAUUCAAGAAGAAGUUAAUGAGACAAAGAUCUUUGAGACCGUAUGCAGCAAUGAGCAGAAACCUAAAGGCGUCCAGCACAGAAACCGCACCACCUUCAGCCCGGAGCAGUGCACAGCACUUGAGCAAGAAUUCUCUCACAGCCAGUACGCAGACAUGUACACAAGAGAGAAGCUGUCAGCAGAGAUCAAAGUUCCCGAGGACACCAUCAAGGUCUGGUUUUCAAACAGACGGGCUAAAUGGAGGAGGGAAGCCAAACACAGGAGUAGCAUGCAGAACGUUCAAAGACAAAGAGACGACGACGCUCCUGUCACUUCAUCGAUCGCCAAUCACAAUCACAUCGUCACAUCUCAACAGGUAACAGGAGUGUCAAGGGUCAACUGUGAAAACCCAGAUACCUCCCCUACAUGCACCGUGGUUGCCAGGAAGUUGCAAAAUGGUUACUUCUUCCCAACAGAAACAGGUAAGAUCCCGCAAAGAUCCUGUUUGCUCAACAUCUGA